AUGGAAAACAUAAAAGUUGCAAAGGUUGAAAAUGUGAAGUUUUUGAAUAAAGGCAAUGAGAUUAAUGGAACGCUACAUUUAACUGCUUAUCAUUCUAUUUUCUCUGAUGUGGAAGGGAAAAGAGAAAUAUGGACAGCUUACUCCAUGAUUAAUUUCGUUCGUCUGUGCCUUAAUGAAAAAACAUACUGCAUUCGAAUACAAUGCAGGGACUUUAUGUUUUACUGUUUGAAAUUUCAGAGCUCGACAGACGCCAUGGAUGUUUACGAUACUCUGCGAGAAUUGACAUCAGUAACUUCUGUCAAUCGUUUAUAUGCGUAUCAUUACAUGCCCACAGGAGGAGAAGGAAAGGUUCAAUCUGGAUGGGACUUGUUUCACCUCGAAAAUGAGUAUCGCCGUAUGGGUGUUGGUGACUCAAACCGUGCUGAAGGUGCUGGUACAAACUGGAGACUUACGAAAAUAAAUGAAAAUUACUUGGAAUGCCAAUCAUAUCCUCAAAUAUUGGCUGUUCCAACCAAUGUAUCCGACAGCGUUAUUCAUUACGGUUGCAAAUACCGAUCGAAAAAUAGGUUUCCUACAUUAACUUACCUUCAUAAAAAUUCUUUCUCUAUUACUCGAGCAUCGCAACCUUUGGUAGGGCUUCGGCAGAACCGGAGCGCACAAGAUGAAAAAGUUGUUGAAGCUAUAUUUGCUACGUCUAUUAUACCAGGAAAAGAGAACCUAAUUGUGGAUGCUAGACCGUCUACGAAUGCCAUGGCAAAUAUAGCAGUUGGGGCAGGAAGCGAAAAUAUGGAUCAUUAUCGAUUUGCAAAAAAAAUAUAUUUAGGGAUUGACAAUAUCCACGUUAUGCGCGAGUCUUUAAGUAAAAUAGUGAACGCUCUUCGGAAUACAGAUAUAAGUGCAGCAUCCCCUUCGGUUGAGCAAUUAAACAAAUCGAAUUGGCUGAAGCACUUGACAAAUAUACUACAAGGGGCUGUUUUGAUUAUCCAAACAGUUCACUUUCAGCAUGCUCACGUACUAGUCCACUGCUCGGAUGGCUGGGAUCGAACGUCUCAAUUAUGUGCUCUUCCACAACUUUGUCUUGACCCAUAUUAUCGAACCAUCCAAGGAUUUAUGAGCCUAAUAGAAAAAGACUGGUUAGCAUUUGGACAUAGAUUUGCCGAACGGUGUUGUCAUUUGCCUGGAAAGAGGAUCUUUUCUACUGAUAAUUCUUCACCAGAAGAACAACACACGACUACUUCGGUAGCCACUUCUACACUUCAGUAUACAUUUUGUACAUUUCGGUCUGCUCUUAGUGGAUUUGCCAUUGAUCACUCGGAGAAGAUGAGCUCUCCUGUUUUUCAUCAAUUCUUGGACUGUGUGUGGCAAAUUAUGAGACAAUUUCCCAAGUAUUUUGAGUUCAACGAACGAUUUUUGCGCCGGCUUUUGUAUCACUUGUAUUCGUGUCAGUAUGGGUCGUUUUUGUACAACUCUCAACGCGAACGUAAACAAUCUGCUGUGUAUCAGCAAACUCGUUCUAUCUGGGACUACUUUAUGUCUCGGAAAAAAGAAUUUACAAAUUUAGAUUAUGAAUAUUAUGAUGAUGUUUUACUUCCUAAUGCAACGGAUCUUAAAUGGUGGGCGUCCUCUUUUGGUCAGCCAGAUGAAAACAUGAACGUUGGCUUAUCCGAAGCCUCUUCUACUGGUUCACCUCUUGUUUCGUCAUCCUCAUGUCAAUCUGCUUCUGCAUCUGCAUCUGCUUCUGUUCCAGUGUAA